GUCAGGAGAACGGGCCUAGCUGAUUUUAAUGUCAUUUCAUUUGGACAAAGUGGAUGUUGCUGUUCUUCUUCUAAACACCUCUGACUGCUCCGAGAAGACGCUUAUUGAACGAGGAUUACGAACGGUGUGCUAUGUGUUGUUCUUGCCGUAUUGACGUGAGGAGGAUAGCUGGAACCAGGUCUGUGGCACCAUGACUCCUCCAGUUCUGCAUAUGGUCUGUGCUCUUGUCACAGGAAAAUCUGGUUGCAUUCAACAGUAGGAGGCAAUUUUAUUCUAGUUUCUACCCAGCUAUCACCUGCCUGGAGAUGAUAAUGUUGUGUAAGAAAGAGCAUAAUGAAUAGAUACGCAACCAUCAAACAGCUCGGGACGGCACCUACGGUUCGGUCCAUCCUCGGCCGUAGUCUCGAAACACAGGAGUUAGUUGCCAUAAAAAAAAUGAAGAGAAAGUUCUAUACCUGGGAAGAAUGCAUGAACCUCCGUGAAUUCAAGGUGGUCUUUAAAGAACUGAACCAUGCCAACGUCAUCAAGCUUAAGGAGGUUAUUCGAGAAAAUGACCAGUUAUACUUUAUAUUUGAGUACAUGAAGGAAAAUUUAUAUCAGCUCAUGAAAGACAGGACUCGGCUGUUUCCUGAAUCUGCUGUAAGAAAUAUAAUGUUUCAGAUACUACAGGGGCUUGCGUUUAUUCAUAAACAUGGAUUUUUUCACCGUGAUAUGAAACCUGAGAAUCUUCUGUGCAUGGGCCCAGAGCUGGUGAAAAUUGCUGACUUUGGACUUGCUCGUGAGAUCAGAUCUCGACCACCAUACACAGACUAUGUCUCAACUAGAUGGUACAGAGCUCCCGAGGUGCUUCUCAGGUCCACAACCUACAGUUCACCCAUAGACCAGUGGGCAGUUGGCUGCAUCAUGGCUGAACUUUAUACACUCAGACCUCUUUUCCCAGGUUCCAGUGAAGUUGACACCAUUUUCAAGAUUUGCCAAGUAUUGGGGUCGCCACAAAAGAGUGACUGGCUGGAGGGAUUCCAGCUGGCGAGUGACAUGGAGUUCCGUUGGCCUCAGUGUAUUCCUACCAAUCUGAAGACACUCAUCCCAAAUGCAAGUGCUGAAGCUAUCCAUCUCAUGACAGACCUCCUCCAGUGGGAUCCCAAAAAGAGACCGACCUCUGCACAGGCUCUCAGAUACUCUUACUUUCAUGUGGGCCGUUUGGGGACUCCUCAGCAGAUCCUGGAGCAGGGCAGAACUCAGCCAGGUGCUGUCCUACUUCAGGCACCUCCACAGCCACAGCAGGUGAUGCAGCAGCAACCCCUACUGCUGAAGCCUGUGCCGCCACCACAGGCUCCGCCUCCUAACCAACACUGCCCCCCAUCACGGCCUCUUCAGCAGAGGCAACCCUCUCGUGGAUCAGUAUCUUCCCAGACGUCACUCUACCAACAGCACACGAGGUUGGUUCGAGAGCAGCAACUGAAGCACGGUGUGAAGUCGGAGCAGAGCGAAGGAUUGCCGCAGAGCCAACUCCCUUACCUGCUUGAUAAAGCAUUCAGAAUGCGACAGGAAUCGGAGAAUACUAACCCACUUAGCUAUCAGGUGAACCCUAAGGGAGGGCUCCGCCGCUGGGGUCAUGGCACAGGACUCCAAAAGUGUGACGACUGGGAUGACAGUGACGAAACUGAAUCGACUUCGAUAAGCAUUCUUGGCAAAAAAAACUUCUCCGCAGAGAAGUUCAGACACGGAGAAGCCACACUGAGCAGAUAUGGAAAUGUUUUGGAUUUCAGCAAAUCUAAUAGCAAGGAAGAUGCACCAUUAAACCUAAACAAGCCUACAACGUACCAAGAACCAUCAAGAACAGCCUCUGCUAAACAGCAUUACUUGAGGCAGUCAAGAUAUUUACCAGGCAUUACCACAAAAAAGCAUGUGACAGUAAAUUGUACCAAAGAUGUUGCUGGAAGCCAUCUUUGGGGGAACAGUGGUAUUCCCUUUGGAGGGACUUUACCCAGCAGAGGCACUCAUGGCACAAGUACGCUCCCAGGUGGAUAUGUACCAUCAUUCCACAAGCAAGAUGCUGGAUCUGCUGGUCGUAGAGGGCAUCAGCGUCCUUCAGUGGAAUCAACAGCAUCAAAUUAUGCAACGUGGCGCACUGGGAGGAACCGGAUGAACACCUCUACCAAUGUGGUACUUGGCAACAAGAGCGGCUCCGGUCUGCUGCCUCGCCCCCCUGUGCAGGGCAUCCACGGGCGAACAGACUGGUCUGCCAAAUAUGGGCACCGCUAGUGAGCUCCUGGUGACUGUUUAGCCACAGCCUGCACGAGCUGCAGUCAGGUCAGUUUUGGAGAGUGACACAUUUUUGGAGUUUUGCCUCUGUACAUUCCAAUAAAGGAGUAGAAACAAUCAA